AUGGAGUAUCUUCCAAUGAAUCUAACUAGCUGUUUGGAAAGUCAUCAAGGUCUUCCAGAGUGGAUAAAAUCAAGCAUUCUUUCUGACAUUUCUAAAGGCCUCAAUUUUCUUCAUAAUCAGAAAGCUGCUAUAGCUCAUUUUGGUGUGACAAGUAACAAUGUUCUUCUCACUGCUCACCUUCAGGCUAAAAUUACAGAUCUCUGUGUUUCGAGACUAUUUAAGGAAAUGUCAACUGACUGUCUUGGCUUGAUCUCUGAUGAGACAGCCUCUAACCACUUAGCAUUUAUGCCACCAGAAUAUUUCACUAAUCAUAAAUCAUGUACUACCAAAUUUGAUAUAUUCUCCUUCGGUUGUAUUAUGAUACAUGUUUUAAGUCAAGAGUAUCCUAAUCCAUCAGAAAAGUUAGACGAUAGUUUCAUUGAUACAGCUAUGACUGAAUCCAGCUUUACUCAAGUCUCUGAAUGGGAACGUCGUGAACACAAUCUUGCUGACGUGUCAUCUCAUCAUCCACUGUUACCACUCAUAGAGAAUUGCUUGGAUAAUAAUCCAGAAGAAAGACCUCAAAUAUCUGAGGUUAUAAGAGUUAUUGAAAAUGCAUCACCACCUACACCAUCUCCAUAUAGUGAUGGAAUAAUAGCAUUAAUGGAGAUGCUGAACAAAAAAGACAGUCAAGUCAGGGAGGCACGCAAAGCUGUCAAGACCAAAGUUAAUGACCUACAGGAGAUACUAAAUGCCAAAACAAGAUCUGUUACUCGACUUGAAAAUGCUGUAGAGAAAACAAAGAAAGAGUGCAAUGGCAUAGUUACAAAGAAAGAAGAAGAAAUUAGUCAUCUUCAAAGUGAAGUCAGUAGUAACUUAGCUACAAUCAAUGAUCUCAAUGAGAAGGCAGCAAAACAGGAGAAGCAAGUUAAAUCUUUACAAACAGAAAUAGGUCUACAAUCUACUGUUAUUGAAGAACUAGAACAAAAAAUGCAAAAGAGAGAUGACAAAUUAUUAAUAAUGGAAGGAGAUCUUGCAGAAAAGGAAUCAAAGAUAGAUGAACUUAAGAAGAUAGCCUCAAAUGUAAAAUCACAAACUGAUCUCAAUACUGAACUUCAACAAGAAAUGAAGGUAAUGUUGGAAAACCAGGAGCGACUUCAGGCAAUUACGUCUAAUCAACAAGCUCAAAUUGACAGCCUCCAUCAACAAUUAAAUACAACCAUGGCCAACAAUGUCCUACUAGAGACUACCAAGAAUGACUUAGUACAGUUACAAGAUACUAUCCUACAAGACAAGGCAGAUAUCAUUGACCAACAUCAAGCAGAAGUGACUGCUCUCAGAGCAGCCACUGACCUAACUGCUGUCAGACAACAAGCUUUAGAGUUAGAGAUAAAUAUACUUCAAGAAGAAAACAAACAACUCACUGAGUCUACAGUCUCUCUCAAGGAAAGUCUUGAUACCACAAUGAGACACUUGAAAGAACAAACUGACAUUAUGAAGAAAUUAUCUCCGACACAAGACAGACUACUAGAAGCUGUAGCCAACAUAAACAUUAAUGGUAAGUAA